AUGGAGGAGGGCAGGAGAACUCAGACAGCCCUCAUCAGCUGGGUGUGCACAACCCUGUGCUUGGUCUCCUACACGACUGCCUUCUCACACGGUGCCAGCCCUUCUGCCUGCACUGACAUGAUGCCCAAGCACCUGAGAGUGCAGCUGCACAGCCCCAGGAACAUCUACGUCACUGUCCACACCAACAUGUCCUUCUAUUUCCCAGGUGACAAGGUUCCAGUGACAGUGAGGAGCACCCGGGAUUUUAUGGGCUUUCUGCUUCAAGCUCGCAAAGUCUCUAAUGACAAAAUUGUUGGCACAUUCAUCUUCAUUCCUCCUGGUUCCAAGCUGCUCACCUGUUCUGAAGAUGGUGACACCGUGACCCACUCAGACAAGUCACUGAAGAGAAACCUGUCCUUUGUAUGGAAAGCACCAGAUCAACCCAUUGGAGACAUCAAGUUUUUCAUCUCCAUUGUCCAGUCAUACUUUGUUUACUGGGCAAAGAUUGAAUCUGCUAUUGUGGCUCAGCGAGGGCAAACUGAAGCACCUGGUGGCAGUGGCAAGAAACCUGACCCCAUAUCCCUGGCACCCUUGCAGAGAAUGGCUGACCCCCACCCCACAGCUGCCACUGCCCUCUCCCCGCACCCCCCCAUGCCUUCCAGCACCACCAGCAUCGUGGCAACCCCAUCACCGGAGCCAGGUUUGGGUGUGGGGUUGGACACCCAUCCCCUUGCUGAGCCCAAGCAGCUGGCACGGCCUUCCCGGGCUGCAUCCCGCGGGAGCAGUGGGUCCAGCACCAGGGGGCUGGAACCUUCCCUCCCCACACGAGACCCAGGCACAGCAGACACCUCACCACGUUUCUUCUCCCUGGAUGGAGCCUCCAGCCACAGCUCCUCUGAUGGAGCAGGAGGCACUGCCAGUGCUGCUACCCCUCACCUGUGUCUGAUGUGCCAAGGAGACAGGCAGGGCAAUACUGAAAGUGGGGCUGUCUUGAAAGCCUCCCCAGCUGUGACAGCCCCUCCUUCUGCCCCACACGUUCACACUCACCUGGGUGACACCACUGUGACAACAGCCUGGCUUGGCGAUGCAGAUGCUGCCGGCAACUUGUCUUCAGCUUCAAGGCAAAUGGCUGAAAGAAAGCUGGCACCCCAGCCAGAGGAGGGGGACAACAGGGGAGAGGAGGAGGAGAAGAAGGAGGAGGAGGAGGCAGUGGUGGGGGGAAAUACCCUGCCAUGGGUGACCAGACCAGCUCCCAAAUCUGCUGUUCCUGAGAAGGUGGAAGACCCCGGCAGAGGGACCCGACUCCUGGCAGCCCAACUUGGGAUCCUUCUGGUCUGCACGGCUGCCCUGGGCCUGGCACUAGCAGCUGCCAUCCGGUGCCUCUGUGCCCAGCAGUGCCACAGGCAGACAGAGGUCUCCUUCAGCCAGCCCGACCCCGGCCUCAUCACCCUCAGGGACAAUGGGGAGGUGAGGCACUUCCGCAAGAUCCGGGAGAACAGCUUUGUGCUGGUGCAAGCUGAGUACAACUGGGUCAGCCCCUCAAGCAGUGGGAAGAAGACAAUCAUCUGCACAUCUGCAGUGCCAAAAGCAGCCCCAGAGCAGCUGGGUGUGGAUUGCCACCUUCUACAGUCAAAGGAUAAUUUGCUGUUGAGACUGCGUGUUGCUAUUUCACGGGCGAGUCAAAGAUCAGCCCCCUGCCUUCCAGCGGAUGCUGAUGGGCGUUUGGAAGCGGCGGUCAGGUACCAAGGACACGGGGCUGCUGGUGGAGCAGGAAAGGCAGGGGAGGCGACUUAG